UCGAUGGCGCGGACCGCGGUGGGCGUGCUCCUGGUCCUGGGCGCCUUCGCGCCCGCGGGCGGGACUCUCUCGCGCGCCGAGCCGGUGGCGAUCCGAGCGCCCAGCGUGGUGACCCCGGACAUGGAGGCCGCCGAGGCGGUGCACGACUACCUCGAGGCCAGCGGGAAGCGCGGCGAGGCCUGGGAGCGCGUGCGCGAGUCGCAGGUCGCGUCGCCCGCGUCUUUCUCCCGGCACUUGCGGAAGUUUCAGGCGGCGCAGAACAGCAGCCUGGAGGCCCUGAAGACGGCGCAGGAGGCGAUGGAGGAGGCCCACGCGCAGCAUACGGAGGAGAUGGGGGAGAUGGAGACGCUCUACUCGGGCAAGGAGAGCGAGAUGCAGUCCUCGAGGGCCGGCGCGGACUUCGAGGCCGAGGCGGAGGCGCUGAAGACGGCCAUGGGCAAGUGA